AUGGGAUAUAUGCGUAGAAAAAAAGAGGAAAAUGAAAGAAACAGUGAAGAAGAAGAGGCAGAGGUUUUUGAAUGGGGGAAAAAGAGCAUAGUUUCUACAGACGAACGAGUUUUUUAUGAAGAAGUUUACUGCGGGAAAAAAAAGUUUAUAAAGGGAGACUGUGUGCUUGUAAGGAAUGACACAGGGAAGGGUUCAUGGGCAGCAAUGAUUGUGAGUUUUUAUGAGGGAUUUUUAGGGGAAAAAAUAGCAGAUUUACUGUGGUUUGAAAGAGGAGAUCAUGUACGGAGGGAAAAACGAGAGUUUCCAGGCAUUCACAAUGAGUUGUUGAUGUGUGGAACGGUGGAUCCAAAUGAAGUUUCGGUUUUUCAGGAAAAAAUUGAAGUAAUUUCAUAUGAAUCAUUUUUAAAGCGGUACCCAGAAGGAUUGACAAAAGGAAUGGAUGAUUAUGAAAGGGUAUUUUACUGUAGAAGGGGUUUUCAUCCUCUGAAGGAGGUAUACCUUGAAUUUAUUGACUGGGAUCGACUUUAUCGUCAUCAAGAUACAGAUUUCAAUGCGCUAAUAGACUGGGUGGAAACAGAAGGGGCAAAAAUGCCUAUUAAAAGAGAAAAUAGAUGCAAAGUGGCUCUUAGUGAAUGUGAGGAUGAACUAGUAAUAGUAGAUCAAGAGAAGCAAAAUAUCUAUACAGAACAAGAAACAGAUACAGAACAAAGCGAAAGUGAUGAUAUGUAUCUACCGAUGCAAUCGGAUAGUGAAAGUAUUAAUAAUGAGAGCAUUGAAACAAGUGAAUCUAGUAAUGACUCUUUUGUAACGAAAACUCCACGAAAACGAAGAAAAAUAAUAGAGAAUGCAAUAACACCGUCAUCAGGAAACAGAAGGAUUUAUAAAAAACCUUUGGAAACCACACCUUUGCCUUUAAGAUACAUUUCAUGUGAUAAAUCAGAAUUUUCACUAUAUCAAAAUGCACGAUCACAUUUACAUGUAUCAAUGGUUCCAGCAUCACUACCAUGUAGAGAGAAGGAAUUCUCUCUUAUAUGUUCACAGGUACUUAGUGCAUUAGAAGCAGGUCAUGGAGAAUGUAUUUACGUAAGCGGUACUCCAGGGACAGGUAAGACUGUGACAAUUAAGGAAGUUGUACGAUAUUUGUUCCAAAAAGUUGAAGAAGGAGAGAUUAGUGAUUUUAAAUAUCUUGAAAUCAAUGGUAUGAGGGUUGUUGACGCAAAUCAAGCAUAUUCAUUACUCUGGGAAGCCCUGGAAAAUGAAAGGGUAACACCAAGGCAUGCAUUAAUGCUUCUUGAACAACGCUUUUCAGAACCCAAUCCUCAUAGAGUACCAUGCGUGGUACUUAUCGAUGAACUUGAUCAACUAGUAACAAAAGAUCAAAAAGUAAUGUAUAAUAUGUUUAACUGGCCAAUGCUUCAGCAUUCUCGACUUAUUGUAAUUGCUGUUGCAAAUACGAUGGAUCUCCCGGAACGAAUGUUAAGCAAUAAAAUAUCUAGUCGACUAGGAUUAACUCGAGUUAGCUUUUCUGGAUACACAUUUGAUCAGCUUAAAACUAUUAUUCAUACCAGAUUGCAAGAAAUUUCAGGUUCAUUGAUGGAUCAAGAUGCAAUCGAAUUGGCAAGUCGUAAAGUGAGUGCAGUGAGCGGUGAUGCACGCAGAGCACUUGACAUUUGCAGACGAGCUGUUGAAAUAGCCCAAACCUCUGCUGCUACUGCUGAAAAAUCAAUAUCAGAUAAAUUCGAUGAAUCAACUCAGCCUGUAAAGGUAACAAUAAAAAUGAUUAAUAUAGCAAUCUCAGAAAUGUCUUCUUCUCCCAUUCAAGUAUACUUGCGAACGAUGCCCUUAGCAUAUAAAGUGUUUUUAAUAUCGCUUAUGUUAAAAAUGAAACGAUCCGGCAUUGCGGAGCAUACUCUCAGUGAAAUCAUUGAUAUUAGCAUUAAGAUGUGUAAAGCAAGUGAAAAACCGACACUUCAAGUUUUAUGUCAACAUCCUUAUAUUAAUAACAAUCUCAGUUUCGAAAACGCAGCUUUAGCACUUGCAGAAUCUGGGGUCCUUCUUUUAAAUAUAAAAACAGGAAAAAGAUAUGGGCGUGUUCAGUUAAAAAUUACGCAGCAAGAUGUAAAAAUGGCCAUGCAAAAUGAUGCAGAUUUUAAAGGGAUUCUUUAA